GGUACGCUGAUGCUAGCAAGCGGUCUGUAUUACUGGCCAGGUAUAAUUGGCAGUGUUUGAUUUUAUCAGUUAAUGUAGCAAAUAUUUCUGAAAGGACCGGCACAUUAUUUCAGUUACGUCCGCAAGCAAGUUUAUGAUGAAAAGAAAAUCAUCAGAAAAGUCUGGCCAUGUAGUUGCAUGGAUUAACAAAGCAGAAUGGGACCAGAUCCUUGAAUAUCUGUACUCAAAAGACAGUGCUUUACAGAAAUUUGCACUGCACAGAAUAUCUGCGUGGAAGGGCAGGUUUGGAAAUAGUACUCCAGUGGCAGUGGAAAGCACUGCAGAUUUGGUGCGAUGUCAAGUGCUUGAUAGUUCAGGACACCUGGAGACAGAUGAUCUGGUCCUACUCUAUGGAACAGCACUUGUAAGGUUUGUUAAUUUAAUCACUGAACGUAAACAGAAGAGAGUUGCCACUCCUUUGAGACGGUUAGCCAAUAAGAUGAACAUUCCUGAAUGGAUUGUGAACCUGAGGCAUGACAUAACUCACCGAAGACUCCCCACACUAAAAUGGUGCCGCAAAGGAUGUCAGUUUGUGCUGGAGUGGCUGCAGCAAGAAUACUGGUCCAGGCAGCUGGGCAGCCAACUCGCUGAAGACUGGGAUUCGCAGUCAGAGGAGGAUGAGGAGGAAGAAGGGGAGGAGCUUGGACAGGAAGAUGAGUUAACAGUGAGACAAAGAAACAGGGAAGCCCACAAAAAAGCAAGAGAACUACUUAUUUCCUAUGAGAAAGAACAGUUUCAGGUCUUUGAUGGACUUCAUAAAGAGAACAGAGCUGGGAAGCCAUGGCCCAGUCCUUCCUCAGACCUGGGAUGGAUCCUAAUUCAAAUCAAAGAUUUUGCAGUGGAAUCCAGCACUGUUCUGGUGGACAUGAUGCUCUCAGAUGGAUUCUUGGUCCCCACUGCAGAGCAGCUGGAGUCCCUGGACAUCGACCUCACAAGUGACUGUGACCCCAUGAACCCCUGCAUCCCCCGGCUCUUCCUUCGCUUCUGGCUGCCACUCCUGAAGCUGCUCAACUCCCUGGAUUUCAUCCAUCUCUUCCUGGAGAGGCUGUUCCUGGAACUCCAGCUCUCGGAGGAGGACUCCCAGCACAGGACUUGCUACCUUGCUGGCUGGAUCUCUGAGAUCUUCGCUUGCAACCGUCACAAGAACACAAACCCAAAUGAGUCUAAAGCACAGAAAAAGGGAAGGCUCAAAGAUAUGAUUUUUACAAAGCCCAUACCGCUGCAGUGGCAAAAGCUUUUAACAUGCUGCCUGGAUGCGCCUUGCAUUGCCACACCACACCUUCUCCAACAGAUUCUGGAGGGUAUGGAGCAUCCCUUGCCCCUGGACACCCAGCAGAAGCUGCUCCAGCUUUGCUGCAUCUACACCCAGGGCGGCGACCCCGGCUGCUCGCCCGACGCGGUCCGAAGGGACCAGCCCGUCUACACCCUGGAGAGCCUGCGCAAAAGGAUACGAAGGGAGUCCGAGCGCAGCUCCAGUGCCCCGCCUCCCAGCGCGGCGCCCCGCCCGCACAAAAGCCUUCCCCUCCUCCAAAUGGCAGAGGCCACGGAGGACCUGCAGGAGCAGCUGAGUCCCGACGUCCUGGCAGAGAGGGUGGCCUCGCUCCGGGGAUCACCCUGGCAAGUGUGCACAGAUAGCGUGAAGUGGAAGGACUACCCCCUGGGGAAAGUGCCAGGACAGUCGGAGGACCCCUCGUGCCUGAUGGUGGACAGUUACUCCUCCAUGUCAGUGCUCGACCAGCAUGUUGAGGUCGACAAGUCCGGUCAGCACAGUGCGCACAUUUGUGUCUCUGGACCACACCGACCUGGUUCUGAUGGCCCACUCUGGACACACAGUGACCUCAGCAAACUGAAAUCUGGUCUACAGCUGUUUUAAACAUAAGUGUUGUUACAUAGGUGGAAAUAUGCUUUAAUUUUUUCAGGUAUUAAUUAUUUACUUUUCUGAUUGUCUCCCCAUUUACAGACCUCUGAACAUAGAACCCUAAAAUGUGUACCUUUGUUUUUCGUCUACAAUAGUAUUCUUUUUUGUUACUGUUAAGCAAGAGGGCCGGGCUAAAAUACAGUUGUGUAUCUGUUGUAGAAAUCAUGAACAUGGGUACUGAUUAAAAUGCAAAUAACACUUCUCAUAAAUUUCACUUGUUAAAAGGGCUUUUUUAUCAGUCUAAUGUGGUGAGGAAGAUGUCUUUUUUUUUUUUUUUACUUUAAUUUUUGUCUGUUCACAAUGUUUAAUUCAUGACUGAAUGAGGAAUUUACACCCAACACUUCAAAAUCACACAUGUACUCAGUUGAAAGUAAGAGCCAUAUACAGUUGAGCUGUUUAUCCCUGCUGUUGUAGAGGUGUAAUAAACUCCAUUUUUCACUACCUGAGUUUUACUGAUU